AUGAAGGCUGACAUCUGUGUGCAUUUGAAUCGAAAGGUGUUCAAUGAGCACUCAUGCUUUCGACUUGCAUCUGACGGCUGUCUCCGUUCACUGGCCAUGUACCUCGAGUCCAAUCAUGCUGCCCCUGGUGAUCUUCUCUACCACACCGGUGAAUCUGUCGAUGCCUUAUGGUUCGUCGUGAGCGGAUCACUGGAGGUGAUUCAGGACGAGGAAGUAGUGGCAAUUCUGGGUAAGGGUGACGUGUUUGGCGAUGAAUUCUGGAAGAACAACGGGUCAACGGGUCAAUCAGCAGCUAACGUUCGGGCGCUCACUUAUACGGAUUUGCAUAUGAUAAAAAAGGAUAAACUCAUGGAGGUGUUACAUUUCUACAAAGCGUUCGCCAACUCAUUUGCCAGGAAUCUCGUUCUCACCUACAAUUUGACGCAUCGCUUGAAAUUCCGGAAGGUGGUCGAUGUGAAACGAGAAAAAGAGUUGGAUGCUCGACGGAAGAACGAAAAGCUCACGCUCCCUCCAGAUCAUCCUGUACGAAAGCUGCUCUUCCGAAUGCGUGAACGCCAUGGACCACGGAUAUUCCCUAGUCCGAUGUUUGCUGAUAUCGAAAAGGGCAUGAAAAAACAGCACAACGAGAUAAAUCGAAUAUCAUCAGUGCACUCGAUGGUUGAUGAGACAUCCAAUUUGCUUUCGUCAAGCUAUCCAGCUCGAUCGCCACGAAAUGGCCAGAAAAACAAGCGGCCGCCGCUAGUUAAGCGCCAGACUGUUGACGAAGAUGCGUUCUCUCGAACAAGCUGGGGAGGCCCGCAAGGGGAACGCCCGCAAGGGGAACAGAAGUUAAAAGAAAGGGAAUGGACGUCGUUGAAUAACGUUCGAUCAGAGAUGCGAUCAAAAUUCGAGGUGAUUCACGAUCGGCUGGGCACGGUUGAUCAGAUCAACUCACGUCUCCAGAAUCUUGAACGAUUACUGAUGCAGAUGAUCCAGAAUCAAGAUGGUCGCACUCCAUCUACAAUGCCGGCUGGUUCCUUAAUGGUGUUGAAUGCUAGUAAUCUCGGUGGAAGUGCCAGCAAUUUUGUGGAACGAAGUGUUUCAUGGAACCAGGAGGAGAGCUGGCGGCCUGUUCCUCCGUUAGACGAGCUGAAGAACGUCGAAUGGAACAGCGAAGAUAGUCCAUCUGGUGUGCCGGUGAUUCAUGUUGACGAUGACAGCACAAAACGGGCCGUUCACCGUGCACCUGAUCGCCGGCGGAUCUAG